CUGCAGGAUUCAUCGUCUCUACCAAAGGCAGUUUGGUCCCAUUCAAAAAAAUCUUUCCAGACGUCUAUGUAGAUUUGUAUCCAUUACAAGAAAACAUUUAGUGAGGAAUCUGCUUCUAAAAGGUUUCCCAUUGAGCCCUGCGAUGGCGAGAGAAGGAUCUACUCUACAAAGAGAUACAGGGGAUGAAUUUUUAAAAGAGGCUUUCAAGAUAGUAAUGGAGGAAGCUGUGCAGAAUGCUACAGAUAGGAAUCAUAGGGUCUGUGAAUGGCUGGAACCAGAAGAUUUAAAAAGAGUUCUCGAUUUAAAUCUACGGAGUGAAGGAGAACCUCAAGAUGUUUUAUUGGGUUACUGCAAAGACAUCAUCAGGCUAAGCGUUAAAACAGGACACCCACGAUUCUUCAAUCAGCUCUUCUCAGGGUUAGAUCGUCAUGCUUUGACUGGCAGGAUCAUAAGUGAGGCUUUGAACACCAGUCAAUACACCUACGAGGUUGCUCCUGUUUUUGUCCUGAUGGAAGAUGAAGUACUUAGAACAAUGAGAAGCUUUGUAGGGUGGAAAGCUGGAGAUGGGAUAUUUUGCCCAGGCGGUUCAAUUUCUAACAUGUAUGCCUUGAAUUUAGCUAGAUUUCAGCGCUUUCCACAGUGCAAAGAGAAGGGUUUGCAAGCUCUUCCCAGACUGGUGGUAUUCACUUCACAAGAGAGUCACUAUUCUAUCCAGAAGGGGGCAGCAUUUCUCGGCAUUGGAACAGAUAAUGUAAUCCUUGUGAAGACAAAUGACAGAGGGAAAAUAAUUCCAGAAGAUUUGGACCACAAAAUACAAAAAGUAAAAUCGGAGGGUUCUGUGCCUUUCUUGGUAAGCACAACUUGUGGGACAACUGUUUUUGGAGCAUUUGAUCCACUUGAAGGAAUAGCUGACGUGUGUGAGCGGCAUAGUCUAUGGCUUCAUGUUGAUGCUGCAUGGGGAGGCAGUGCCUUGUUGUCCAGUAGGCACAGACAUUUACUGAAGGGAAUAGAGAGGGCAGAUUCUGUGACAUGGAAUCCUCAUAAAUUAUUAGGUGUUGGUUUACAAUGUUCUGCUUUUCUCCUGCGGGAUACAACUCAAUUAUUAGAGCGCUGUCAUGCAGCUAAUGCCACCUACCUGUUCCAAACAGACAAAUUUUACAACCUGCAAUAUGACACGGGUGAUAAAUCAAUCCAAUGUGGUCGCCGAGUGGAUUGUCUGAAACUCUGGCUAAUGUGGAAAGCGCUUGGGUCCAAUGGGCUGGAGAGAAGAGUGGACAGAGUUCUGGAUCAUACAAGAUAUCUGGUUGAGGAGAUGAAGAAAAGAGAAGGUUUCCGCUUGAUUAUGGAGCCAGAGUUUGUGAACUUAUGUUUUUGGUAUGUUCCGUCAAGUCUUAGAAACAAAGAGAAUUCCCCAGAUUUCUGGACCAGACUUGGAAAGGUGGCCCCUGUAAUAAAGGAAAGGAUGAUGAAGAAAGGCUCAAUGAUGGUAGGAUACCAGCCUCAUGGGAACAUAGUUAACUUCUUCAGGCAGAUUGUUGUGAAUCCAGAAGUGACCAAAGAAGAUCUAGACUUCUCCUUAGAUGAAAUUGAAAGGCUGGCAGAAGACCUAUGAAUUGUCUCCUCACAACAUCCUGCAGGACAUGAGAAUUGUGGAAUACCAUCAAGUCCUGAUGUCCAAGACCUGCACAUGUAUAGAUGGCCAGCACGCUGUUUGGUCACAUGCUCUUCUAUCUGCACCCAUCUGGUAAAAUUAAAAGUGUUACUUCUGGACAACCCCUUUAACUACUACAUAUUAGAAAAGCUUUCAACUAGACCACAUGUCAAAAACAAGGCCUGUGGGUCAAAUCCAGCCCGCUGCUUUUUUCUAUAUGGCGCACCGGUGAGGCCCGUAAUAUGUGUGAGUAGUUAGUGCC